AUGCCCUGCGCGCCCGGGCUGCGCGCGCUGUGGCUGUGCGCCGCGCUCUGCGCCUGCCCGUGCGCCCCCCAGCCCGGCCCGGCGCCCGGCCCCUGCCCGGCCCCCUGCCACUGCCGGGAGGACGGCGUCAUGCUGUCGGCCGACUGCUCGGAGCUCGGGCUCUCCGCCGUGCCCCGCGACCUGGCCCCGCUGACGGCUUACCUAGACCUGAGCAUGAACAACCUCACGGAGCUGCCGCCAGGUCGCUUCCACCACCUGCGCUUCCUGGAGGAGCUGCGCCUCUCGGGGAACCGCCUCGCCCACAUCCCAGGAGGAGCGUUCUCCGGCCUCCACAGCCUGAAGAUCCUGAUGCUGCAGAACAACCAGCUGGGAGGCGUCCCCGCCGAGGCGCUGCGGCCGCUGCCAAGCCUGCAGUCUCUGCGCCUGGACGCCAACCGCAUCUCCCGGGUCCCGGAGCGGAGCUUCGAGGGGCUGCCCCGCCUCCGCCACCUCUGGCUGGACGACAACGCCCUCAGCGAGGUCCCCGUCCGGGCCCUCGGCCGCCUGCCCGCCCUGCAGGCCAUGACGCUGGCCCUCAACCGCAUCCGCCGCGUCCCCGACUACGCCUUCCAGAACCUCAGCAGCCUCGUGGUGCUGCAUCUUCAUAACAACCGGAUCCAGCGUCUGGGGACCCACAGCUUCGAGGGGCUGCGCAGUCUGGAGACGCUGGACCUGAACCACAACGAGCUGCACGAGUUCCCGGUCGCCAUCCGCACGCUGGGCAGGCUGCAGGAGCUGGGGUUCCAUAACAACAACAUCAGGGCCAUCCCAGAAAAGGCCUUCACGGGGAACCCUCUGCUGCAGGCGAUACACUUUUAUGACAACCCGAUCCAGUCUGUGGGAAGGUCCGCGUUCCAGCACCUGCCGAGGCUGCACACGCUGUCCCUGAACGGAGCCACCGACAUCCAGGAGUUCCCAGACCUCAAAGGCACGACAAGUCUGGAGGCCUUGACCCUGACCCGCGCCGGCAUCCGGCUGCUCCCGCCCGGCAUGUGCCAGCAGCUGCCCAGGCUCCGCGUCCUGGAACUGUCGCACAACCGCAUCGAGGAGCUGCCGAGCCUGCACAGGUGCCAGAAGCUGGAGGAGAUCGGCCUCCAGCACAACCGCAUCUGGGAAGUCAGAGCCGACACCUUCCGCCAGCUGAGCGCCCUGCGGGCCCUGGACCUGAGCUGGAACGCCAUCCGGUCCAUCCACCCAGAGGCCUUCGCGACCCUGCGCUCCCUGGUCAAGCUGGACCUGACCGACAACCAGCUGACCACGCUGCCGCUGGCCGGGCUAGGGGGCCUGGCGCACCUCAAGCUCAAAGGGAACCCCGCCCUGUCGCAGGCCUUCCCCAAGGACAGUUUCCCAAAGCUGAGGACCCUGGAGGUGCCCCACGCCUACCAGUGCUGCGCCUACGGUGGCCUCUGCUCCAGCUUCUUCAAGGCCUCUGGGCCUUGGGAGGAGGACGACUUCCACCCGGAGGAAGAGGAGGCUCCCAAGAGUCCCCUGGGCCUCCUCGCGGGACAAGCCGAGAGCCACUAUGACCUGGACGUGGACGAGCUCCCGCUGGAGACGGAGGAGAGAAAGCCGCAGCCCAGUGUCCAGUGUAGCCCGGUUCCAGGCCCCUUCAAGCCCUGUGAGCACCUGUUUGAGAGCUGGGGCGUCCGCCUGGCCGUGUGGGCCGUCACGGUGCUGUCGCUGCUCGGCAACGCGCUGGUGCUGCUGAGCGUCUUCGCGGGGGGGCCCGGCCCCCUGCCCCCCGUCAAGCUCGUGGUCGGAGCCAUCGCCGGGGCCAACACUGUGACCGGCGUCUCCUGCGGCCUCCUGGCCUCUGUGGACGCCCUGACCUUCGGCCGGUUCGCCGAGUACGGGCCGCGCUGGGAGUCAGGGCCGGGCUGCCGGGCCACGGGCUUCCUGGCUGUGCUCGGGUCCGAGGCCUCGGUGCUGCUGCUGACCCUGGCCGCCGUGCAGUGCGGCGCCUCGGUGUCCUGCGCCCGGGCCCACGGGAAGGCGCCCGCCCGGGGCGGCGUGCGCGCGGGGGUGCUGGGCUGCCUGGUGCUGGCGGGGCUGGCCGCCGCCCUGCCACUGGCCUCGGUGGGAGACUAUGGGGCCUCCCCGCUUUGCCUGCCCUACCCCCUGCCCGAGGGCCGGCCGGCCGCCCUGGGCUUCGCCGUGGCCCUGGUGAUGCUACACUCCUUCUGCUUCCUGGUGGCAGCCGGCGCCUGCAUCCGGCUCUAUUGCGACCUGCCGCGGGGCGAGCCGCGGGCGGCCUGGGACGGCGCCACGGCACGGCACGUGGCCGGGCUCACCUUCGCGGACGGGCUGCUGCAUUGCCCUGUGGCCUUCCUCGGCGUGGCCUCCAUGCUCGGGCUCGUGCCCGUCACCCCCGAGGCCAUCAAGGCCGUGCUGCUGCUGGUGCUGCCGCUGCCCGCCUGCCUCAACCCCCUGCUCUACCUGCUCUUCCACCCGCGCUCCCGCGAGGACCUGUGGCGGCUCUGGCCCUGGGCGGGCGCUGCGGGGCCCCUGGCCUCGGCCGCAGCCGGCCACCUGGAGAAGGGCUCCUGCGACUCCACUCAGGCCCUGGUGGCCUUUUCUGACGUGGACCUCAUUCUGGAAGCUUCCGAGACCGGGCGCUCCCCCGGGCCGGAGGCCUACGGCUUCCCUGCAGUGGCCCGCAUCUCCCAGGAGGGCCCCGCGUUGGAGGGCGGCCGCUUUGUCGAGCCGGAGGGAACCCUCUUUGGGAACCAGCAAGCCUCCGUGGACGGAGAGCUGCCGCUGAGGGCUGAGGGGGCCGCGCCAGGCGGCGGGCGUCUGUCUGAGGGCAGGGGCGCCCAGCGCUCUGGCCCAGCCUUUGCCUCCCACGCGUAAAUGUCCCUCACCCUCGGCUCCCGUCUCCUCCACCCUCCCCUCCGUGGGCGGCGGCCGCUUGUAAAACACAAGACGCAUCGGCCACGUCGUCUA